GUUUCCAAAAUCUCGUGAAAGAGGUUAGUUUUGGUUAAUCAUAGCCAUUUGCUAAACGUUUUACCUAUUUUUGUUUCUUCUUCACCCCAAACACCCCAAACCAAGAAUCAAAAUCAACCAACGGAAAGGAUAAGAAAAUGAUAACCAUAACAAUUAAGAUACCCAAACAACAUUGGGUUUCUUUUUUGUUCUUCGAAUUUUGAAAAUUUUGUUGACGCCAGUCGAGAAAAAUAACGUAAAACAAGAGAAAUGGGAGCUUAUAGGGCCGAUGACGAUUAUGAUUACUUGUUUAAGGUCGUCUUGAUCGGUGAUUCCGGCGUUGGGAAAUCCAACCUUUUGUCUAGAUUCACGAAGAACGAGUUCAGCGCCGAAUCGAAGUCCACUAUCGGCGUUGAGUUUGCAACUCGUAGCAUUCAUGUGGAUGAUAAGGUCGUUAAAGCUCAGAUUUGGGACACUGCUGGGCAAGAAAGAUAUCGUGCAAUUACCAGUGCAUAUUAUCGAGGUGCGGUCGGAGCUCUACUAGUUUACGAUGUUACUCGUCGCGUUACAUUCGAGAAUGUACAAAGGUGGCUCAAGGAACUCCGGGACCACACCGAUCCCAACAUCGUAAUUAUGUUGGUCGGGAACAAGGCCGACCUACGUCAUUUGCGUGCUGUUGAUGUCGAUGAUGCCAAAGCUUUUGCAGAAAGAGAGAACACCUUCUUCAUGGAAACAUCUGCACUCGAGGCUCUGAAUGUCGAGAACGCUUUCACCGAAGUGUUGGCUCAAAUCUAUCGUGUUGUGAGCAGGAAAGCUCUUGAUAUUGGAGAUGAUCCAGCAGCUUUACCUAAAGGUCGAACGAUCAAUGUCGGAUCUAAAGACGAUGUAUCGGCAGUGAAAGGAGCCGGAUGUUGCUCGUCUUGAUUACAGAGAUGGGUCAUCUUUUGAAAUUCUUUGAUGCCCUUGAAAGCACACACAAAUGAACAUCAACAUGUAUUUAGCCGAUUGAAAUUGUGGUUUGGAUUAGGCUAAAACACACAUUCUUUUAUGAUUUUCAGUUUGAAAACACUAAUACUUAUU